AUGGGGUCCCAGAAUAUUGUGGUGGUUGGAGCGGGAGUCAUAGGCCUAACCACAGCCCUGCUUCUGUCUCGAGAAGGCUACAGCGUUACGGUCGCUGCAAAACACAUGCCAGGAGACUACGAUAUAGAAUAUGCCUCGCCAUGGGCUGGUGCCAAUUAUGUUCCCCUCAUGACCGUGUCCGGCGACCGGGCACACGAAUGGGAGAAACACACCUGGCCAGUUCUCCGAAACCUCGCUCAAAGCCAUCCCGAAGCCGGCAUCCAUUUUCAGCCCACCAGAAUCUUCGUGAGGACGAAGGAUGUUGGCUCCGCAAAGGCCCAGAAGUUUAUUGAUGCACUUGGUCACCAUCCAUGGUUGACGUGGAAAAAUAUUCCUGAGCAUGAGCUUAGACCCGGCAUCCAAAGCGGUGUAGAGUUUGAGAGUGUCUGCAUCAAUACCGCCAUCUAUCUGCCAUGGCUGGUUUCUCAGUGUCUCCGCAAUGGGGUGGUGUUUAAGAGAGCGGUCUUCGAUCAUGUUGGCGACGCUGCUUCUGUGCAUCAUGCCAGCAACAGCGCUGACCUCGUGGUGAACUGCACUGGUUUAUCAGCACGAAAGCUAGGUGGUGUUGAAGACCAAGCCAUGACGCCCAUUAGAGGCCAGGUUGUGGUGGUAAGGAACGAUGCCCAUGCAAUGUAUUCUAUUAGCGGUACAGACGAUGGAAGUGACGAGCUGGCCUACAUCAUGACACGCGCCGCUGGUGGCGGAACGAUACUGGGUGGCUGCUAUCAAGAAGGAAACUGGGACUCACAGCCAGAUCCGAAUCUAGCUGUUCGUAUUAUGGAGAGGGCGGUGGCAUUAUGUCCGAAUCUUACAAAGGGUAAAGGUAUUGAGCAUUUGUCAAUCAUCCGACACGGUGUCGGUCUUCGGCCGCUGAGACGGGGAGGGACGAGACUAGAGAAAGAGAUUAUCCGUGGAGUACGGGUCGUGCAUUGCUACGGGCAUGCUGGAGCUGGCUAUCAGUCGUCGUACGGCAGUUGUCAGGAGGUAAUUAGUCUUGUACAGCAAGUACUUAAGACGGACGGCCGAGCGCAUCUAUGA